GGCACGUGGGAAUGAUAUUCUUAUUUUAGAAACGCCGGUAAUCAGAAAAGGACGAGAAUUCACACUUCAGUUUCGUAUCUCUAUCAAAUUCCCAAUCUUCGGCUAUAUCUCGACUUCCAAUUUUUCACUUCUGUUUCUAAAUUUAACUGUAACCUUUGAUCUUGUCAGAAGACGUUUUAUAAUGAUCGAAUAGUGGACUUUUGGUGUUGUUUAUUUUCAUUCUCAAUACCGGAUUUUCAAUAUUUUCGUUGCAUUGGACUCAGAAAUUACGAACUUUGAUCAGUUUAGACUUUAUAUAUAAAGAUUAACGAAGUAAAAAGACUAGUCAAAUUGAAAUAUUUUGCCUGUUGUGACAUUCUUUCGAAUACUUGACGUACUGAGAAAUGAGCUGACAAUUCAAUAUUUCUGUACGCAUACUCCAAUUUAGGACUUUUUGUAAAAACAAGGGAAAAUGCCGCCUCUUUCCUGCACAAGUGUUGCUGCCAAGCAGGCGGACCCCCAGUCUGCAAUAGCUGAGGAAGUUAAGACUGCUUCAGAACUGUCUGCUGGUGAAGACAGAAAGGUUGAAGAUGAAGCACAAAUGCCAGAAAAGACAAUAAACGAGAACAUUGACCAAAUCAUUUCCAAAGAUAACGCUUCAUCCCAUCAGGAGCCGACAGUUCCUCUGAAAAUAGUCUGGCGCAAUGUCAUCUUGUUUGCUUAUUUGCACCUACUAGCCCUUUGGGGAUUCUGCCGAAUGUUCACAUCAGCAAAAUGGCAGACGAAUAUAUUUGCAUUUAUUUUGUACAUAUUUUCCGGCAUGGGAGUCACUGCCGGCGCACACAGACUAUGGGCACAUCGUUCCUACAAAGCCAGACUGCCGCUUAGGAUAUUCUUGGCUUUUAUAUACACUGUUGCAUUUGAGAAUGACAUCUUCGAAUGGGCCCGAGACCACAGAGUGCAUCACAAAUAUUCCGAAACUGACGCCGAUCCUCAUAAUGCCAAGAGAGGUUUCUUCUUCGCCCAUAUUGGCUGGCUUCUUUGUCGCAAGCAUCCUGAAGUUAUCAAAAAGGGAAAAGCUAUCGAUUUGAAGGACUUGCUGGAGGACCCAGUUGUCAGAUUUCACCGAAGGUUCUAUCUUCCAUUGGUUCUUCUAUGUUGUUUCGUAUUCCCUACAUUUGUUCCUGUCUACUUUUGGAAAGAAAGCUGGCUUAACGCCUUUUUGAUUCCUACGUUAUUCCGCUAUUGCUUCACUCUCAACCAAACAUGGCUUGUGAACAGCGCCGCUCACAUGUGGGGAUCCAGGCCCUACGAUGUCCACAUCAACCCUCGCGAAAAUGCUCUUGUGGUCUUGGGGGCUGUCGGGGAAGGUUUCCACAAUUACCACCACACAUUUCCUUACGACUAUGCCACGAGUGAAUACGGUGUCAAGUACAAUAUCACAACAGCAUUUAUCGAUUGUAUGGCCUGGUUGGGUCUAGCAUAUGAUCGCAAGACAGUGCCCAAAGCUACCAUUAAGGCUCGAAAACUAAGAACCGGUCCCGACAGUCUUCAUGAGGGAAGUGGUCAUCAAGAAGUUGAUCAUUCCAAAGAAAAUUAGGAAUUCGAAAGAGGAAAAAAGGAAACUUGUUUGCCAGUUAGAAUUUAUAUGUGUUGUUAUACUGCAAUCAGAAACCAAUGAAACUUCGGCUCGAAGGGACUACUUUUGCUUCGCACAAGGUUGUAGUUGUGAUCGGACCUCAAACUGUUUAGAGAUCUUUCAUGUUUAAAUUUGAUGUUAUCUGGAUUUUCAGUUCAGGAACUGAUUUAUGAACGAAAAUAUUAUUUUUUUUUUGUCCGGUGGUAUUUAUCUGUGGAAAAUUUCAUCAAAUGAUGUUUAUGCAGGUGAAAACAGAUACGUUUGAAAGUUUAAUAAAAUUUAUUGUUAAGUUGCA